AUGUCUGGCGAGCGCCUCAAUGUAAUAGCCCUGAUAUCAGGCGGCAAAGACAGUUUCUACAGUCUCCUGCACUGCAUCCACCACGGCCACCGCGUUGUCGCCUUGGCAAAUCUCUUUCCAACGAGUGAGCAUACCGACUCAACUGCCGUUCGUAUCAUUGACCCCAGCCAAUCUAUAAACGCGUCAUCACCAGCACCGGGACAAGAUGUAGUAUCACCGCCAGCACCGGAAAAGGACUUGAAUAGCUUCAUGUAUCAAACCGUCGGACACGAAAUCAUCCCUCUGUAUGCCGCUGCCACAGGCCUCCCACUCUACCGCCAACCCAUUCUCGGCGGCGCUCUUCGCCAUGAAAGAGACUACGACUACACGUCGACGACAGGCCAUGACCAAGGUCCGGCUCCUGUCGGUGACGAAACCGAGUCCAUGGUACCCCUGCUGAGGGCCGUCAUGUCUCGUCACCCGGAAGCGAAUGCGCUCUGCUCCGGCGCCAUCUUAUCAACAUAUCAGCGGACAAGAGUCGAGUCCGUGGCCCUGCGGCUGGGACUCACUCCGCUAUCGUAUCUAUGGAAAUAUCCCAUCCUUCCCUCGGUGCCGGGAACUGUUGCCGAUGAAGCUCAGCUGUUGAGGGACAUGGCGACAGCCGGGGUGGAGGCCAGGAUUAUCAAGGUUGCAAGUGCUGGCCUUGACGAGAGCCAUUUGUGGGAAAGGGUAACGAGCGAAACUGGUGUGAGUAGGAUAAAGGCUUCUUUGAGGAAGUUUGGUGCCGCUGAGGGGGCUUCUCUUGGUGAAGGUGGUGAAUUCGAGACAAUUGUUGUAGACGGACCGGCGAGUCUGUUCAAGAAGCGUAUUGUUGUUCCUGAUGAUGGAAGAAGAGCGGUCCCUGAAGGAGGAGGGUCUACUUGGUUGAUGCUGCGUGGAGUGAAACUUGAAGAUAAGCCAGUCCAAGAGCUGGGAGGGAAGCUUUCCGUUCGUGAGCCUGGUUUGCUGGAUGCAAGGUUUCAGUCUUUGACAGAAUCGUUGGCCCAGGCACCUCCCGACGGUCAAAAGCAUUACUUCGACUCAUCAAAGCUCAUAAAGGCGUCCGAUCUGCAAUCGAGAGUCGACUCGGACAGCUUGUGCUGGACCGUUGUUGCAGAUUCAUCAGCAACAGGGUCAUCCAUCGAAAACGAGACCAUCAAUGUGGUUGGCAAGAUCAAUUCGCUCUUGUCGACAAACGGGCUGGAACCAAGCCAACUUACGAGCGUAAUCAUUAUCCUCAGAGACAUGGCAGACUUUCCCAGGAUCAACGCCGAGUACGGAAACUUAUUUACCAAGCCAAACCCGCCGUCUCGAAUUACGAUAUCCAGCGGACAUCUCCUCCCCCGGGACCGAAACAUCGUGCUAUAUGCCACAGCGCCAACUGCAGCGGCCAAGGUUGCAAGAAACGGUCUUCACGUUCAAUCUAGGUCCUACUGGGCUCCUGCCAAUAUCGGACCAUACAGUCAAGCCAUUGAGACUGCUGUCACAGUUGAUGGCCAUGCUACGAGUCUGAGGACUGUGGCUAUUGCAGGCCAAAUACCGCUUGUACCGGCGUCGAUGAAUUUACCGUCGGCAUCUGCGACAUUGUUACAAGAACAAAUAGUGUUGUCUUUACAGCAUCUCUGGAGGAUUGGGUCAGAAAUGAGGGUUCAAUGCUGGAGCAGUGCCGUGACCUACCUUGCCCGGCAAAGUAGUGAGGCUGACGCACAGGAGGCGGCCAAGGUUGCGGCACAAUCUUGGAGGCUUGCACACGGUUCGCCAGAGGAUGACGACGAGACUGAUAAUGGACCGGAUCCGUGGGAUUUGAAAUACAAUCCUCAGUAUCAGUCUCUAGGAGGGAGGGAGGUAAAGACGUCCUCUCCGUCCGUUGCCGACUGGUCUGUAUACACUUUACGACAGCAGAAUGAACCUGGGUCGUGUAUCCCGCCAGUAUUUGCAGCCGAGGUUGAAAGUCUGCCAAGGGGAUCUCUUGUGGAGUGGCAUGCUCACAAUGGGCUCAAGAAUGUGGAAGAAAGCUCGGUUGAGCUUAUACAUUUCCCGGCUGUUGGUGUGGAUGGUUGGCAGAGCUGGCAUAUGGUUGUCAAGGCUACUGAGACUAUCGUCGUGUAUACCACAAUGGCUUAUUAUGGACGCGAGGAAUCAGAUGCUGUCGAAUUUCAUGGCCUGCAACAAGAGAUGGGUAAAGUAUAUAAGGCGUCGAUGCGCAAGCUGCAGCCCAAGGUGGUUUGUCCUGAAGGCACCCUACCUUAUCUUGGGUACGUUGAUUUCAACAGGGCACCUGGUUUAUGGACAGGCAAAGGCGGGACGGGUAUCGAAAUACCGUUUGCACUUGUGCCUUGUCACUCGCUUUGGAGCUCUGCUGGCGAGCGUCCAACAGCGGUGGUAUUAUACAAGACGUUUUUGACAGCUACAGCUACCAGUUGA